AUGGAGGAAACUCAACCACUCACGCCCUACCAACUAUGGCUGACUGACCCAGGCCGCAUGGAGUAUCGCAACCUGCAGCAGUCUGAAGCGUUUUUCAUGCCUGGGGAAAAAUUCUACGAGAAACCUUCGUAUAUACGUGCUCGCAAACGUGCUGUUCGGACGAUUGAAGAACUAGCGCAAGGUUGCGACGAUGCUCUGAUUCCUUAUAUGGCUAUGACUUACUACGAUCGAUUGAUCUUAAAAAUUGAGAUCGAUCAGGUACUGGUUGGAUGCCCUAUCAGAGAGAACCCUCCGUUGUUUGUGAUGUGUUGCCUCACCAUUUCUUGGAAGUUGCGAACCAGAAAUUUCAAUCUGGUGGAGUUUAUGAAAGCAAGGAAACUGGAGUACUCUCCGGAUGAGGUGCUGGACAUGGAGUUUCAUAUCUGCCGCCGGCUGCAGUGGCGGUUGCGAACUCUGACGCCGUUUUGCUUCGUUGAGUACAUGAUUCCCCUCCUCGGUAAAAAGCCCGUCUCGCCUCGCCGUCCUGUUCGUCAGCUCAUCGUUCGAACUCAAUACGAUGCAUCAUUCUUAGAAUACAGCCCAUCGAUUUUGGCAGCUGCUGCCAUGCUCGUUGUUUCCAAGGGUUUGUUUCCCAGAAGACAACAUGACAUCUUUGAAUUCCAAGUUUUGACUUCCGAAUUCGUUUCUCCGCAUAUGGUGCGUAAUUAA